ACCUUUGGGACAUGUUGGAUCGAGGGAACCCCUUCUGCUUUUACCUCACUAGAAUCUCGGGAAUCAAGCCCAAGUACAACUCCGGAGCCCUCCACAUCAAGGAUAUUUUAUCUCCUCUAUUUGGGACACUUGUUUCUUCAGCUCAGUUUAACUACUGCUUCGAUGUGGACUGGCUCAUAAAACAGUACCCACCAGAGUUCAGGAGGAAACCCAUCCUGCUGGUGCAUGGUGAUAAACGAGAGGCCAAGGCUCACUUACAUGCCCAGGCCAAGCCUUACGAUAACAUUGCCCUCUGCCAGGCAAAGUUAGAUAUUGCAUUUGGAACACAUCACACGAAAAUGAUGCUACUGCUUUACGAGGAAGGCCUCCGGGUUGUCAUCCACACCUCCAACCUCAUCCACGAGGACUGGCACCAGAAAACUCAGGGAAUAUGGUUGAGCCCCUUGUACCCACGACUUGUCCAUGGAACCCACAAAUCUGGAGAAUCGACAACACAUUUUAAAGCUGAUCUCAUCAGUUAUUUGAUGGCUUACAACGCUCCUUCUCUCCAGGAGUGGAUAGACACCAUCCAUGGGCAUGACCUCUCUGAAACAAACGUUUACCUUAUUGGUUCAACCCCAGGAUGCUUUCAAGGAAAUCAAAAAGAUAAUUGGGGACAUUUUAGGCUGAGGAAGCUUCUGAAAGAACACACCUCGUCCGUCCCCCAGGCCGAGUCCUGGCCCAUCGUGGGCCAGUUUUCUAGCAUUGGCUCCUUGGGGGCUGAUGAGUCCAGGUGGCUCUGCUCGGAGUUCAAAGAGAGUUUGCUGACCCUGGGGCAGGCAAGCAGAACUGCAGGGAAAAGCACCGUUCCUCUGUAUUUGAUCUAUCCUUCUGUGGAAAAUGUGCGGACCAGCUUAGAAGGAUAUCCUGCUGGGGGCUCUCUUCCCUAUAGCAUCCAGACAGCUGAAAAACAGAAUUGGCUGCAUUCCUAUUUUCACAAAUGGUCAGCCGAGACAUCUGGCCGCAGCAACGCCAUGCCACAUAUUAAGACCUACAUGAGGCCCUCUCCAGACUUCAGCAAAAUUGCUUGGUUCCUUGUCACAAGCACCAAUCUGUCCAAGGCCGCCUGGGGCGCACUGGAGAAGAACGGCACCCAGCUGAUGAUCCGCUCCUAGGAGCUCGGGGUCCUCUUCCUCCCUGCCAUGUUUGGCCUGGACAGCUUUAGCGUGAAACAGAAAUUCUUUUCCAGUCACCAGGAGCCAACAGCUGCCUUCCCUGUGCCGUAUGAUCUGCCCCCAGAACUGUAUGGAAGUAAAGAUCGGCCGUGGAUUUGGAACAUCCCUUACGUCAAAGCGCCAGACACACAUGGGAACAUGUGGGUGCCCUCCUGAGCAUCUUCCAGUCGCAGGAUGUGGAGCCCCAGGACCGAGUGUUCCUGCCGUACUGGACGCGCCCGCCCCGAAGGUGUUCCUUGCGCUCCUGCAGA